CAACGCUGAGUCAACUUAUAAAAUCAGACUACUCGAUAAAUUACUAAUAGUGUGAAUCAAGUCUUCAGAAUGAAAAAUAUAUUGACAAUUUUUGUUUUCUUGAUAUUCUUGAUAGAAAUAUUCGCUCAAAUGGGCGGAGAAUCUGAAGGUAUGGAUGGAGAAAUGGGUAGUGAUAUGGAAGCAGAAAUGAGCGGUAGGGGCAUGGGUCCACCCGGAAUGGGUCCCUGUGGAAUGGGUCCCCCUGGAAAGGGUCCUAAUGGAAUGGGACCACCUGGAAUGGGUCCACCUGGAAUGGGACCACCUGGAAUGAGAGGAAAAGGGGAACCGACGCGUGAACAACCAAGUAAUUCAACAGCUGCCAGCAACUCUAAAUGAUAAAUGUAAUGGUAUUAUCAAGAAAAAUAGUUUAAGCCAAUUUAAAUUAGGGUGUGGUUUCAAUAAAAUAUAUUAGUUUUGA